CUCGAUGAUCCGAUUGACUGGAGUGUAGCUGAAGAUCUCCCGAAGGAGGACAUGUCACUAUUACUUGAUAUCCUGCGUUGCUUUUGCUGUUGUUUUGAUGAUUCUCAUUUUGACAACAAUUAUAACGACAUUUCCACAGCUAAUAGUUAUUCAAGGACAUGUGUCCUUGGAAGUAGUUAUAAAAUAACCCAAUCUGAUACAUCUACUGCAACUCCUCUUCUUUCUGAUUAUUAUCCAAAUCGUUACAAGGCAAAAGAGUCCGACAGGUUUUUAAGGCCACCCUCUCCCAAGAUAUUGGAAAAGAGUACUCAGGCGUCCCAUAAUGCCAAUGCUUCAAGACCUCAUUUUUCUUCAUCUGUAUUCCCAAAACCUUCCUCACAGCCUGUUGCUCCCCUCUCUGGAAAAUCAACUUUGUCUUCACAUCUCACUCCAUCAAGCUCUAUUAAUGCUACUCCAAAAGGGGUUCCAUCCCCAUCAAAACUCCCUGCGUCUUCUCCCAAGCCGCCUCCAACCUCAAAUCCGACUCUGCAUCCCGGUCCCGGUCCCGGUCCCCAUCCCUCCAAUAAAACAUAUGCACAGGAGUAUGUGUUGGAUGGAAGUGGCUUUUUGCCUUCUUCUAAGCCUGCUGUAACUGUCCUUGGACGGAUAACUUUGCCUAAGCAUCUCAGUCCAUCAAACUCUAUUAAUGCUCCUUCUUUGUCUUCUUCAUCUUCCUGUGGUAGCAAUUCGCCUCCGUCCACCCCUCCUAGACUUCAAACGGCGUCUAAGCAGCCAUCUCCUUCACCACUUUUCUCUGGCUUAACCCAGAAUUUGGCUAACCAACUUGUUUCUUCACCGAAACUGCGAACAGCAACUUCAGAACCCUCAAAAACUUCUCUUCCCUCACCAUCUACGUGUUGCCACGAGCCUCCUCAAACCUCAAACCCAACUCUACGUCCAGCUUCCUCCAGUAAAACAAAUCCACAUGAGUAUGUAUUGGAUGCAAAUAGUUCUUUGCCUUUAUAUUUAAUUCCAAGGGAUGUUGAAGAUUUGAUAAAAAACGACAUCGUACCCCAAGUCCUGAGGAAACCUUUGUCUCCUCUGACGUAUAAGUCUGGCUUUGCUGCUCUGCUCCAUGCUGAGGACUUCUAUUAUAAGAAAUGGAGUAACUACAAAUUGGAAAACGUCAGUUUGGAGCUCCAACAAAUAACAAUUCAUAAACGAACAAACAAGAAAACGAAGUUCAAUGGCCAUGAGAAGGUCAAUAAAACCUUUGUGGCAAUCGAGAUUGACUCUGUUCCUGAACGGCGGCCGUUUCUCUUGUCAAGGGAUUUGGUCCAUGCAAGACUUUGUGGGAGGAAUCUUGAGCCUUUUCAGGGUUUCGUCUACCGGAUUGCUAAGAGUAAUACUGCAUUGGGGAGGAAAAGUUUUCUGUUGGUUGAUUUUGGAGACGACUUUCAUUCUCGGCAUCAUGAAACCAACAAAUAUGAUAUCAGUUUCACCUUCAACAGAGUUUGUCUAAAAAGAGCUCACCAAGCCGUAGAAGUAGUAUCUGAUUCUUUGUUCCAGAAUUUCCUCUUUCCUGGAUCCAGGUCAACUGAUGGACACGCCUGCAUUCAAGUUACACAUUAUAGUCAUCAACAACUUGAUCCUGAUCAAAAGAAUGCCGUUCGUCAGAUUUCGCUCUUACGCGGUUCACCGCCUUACCUGAUCAGAGGUCCACCCUCUGUUCUUGUUUAUGGCUGGGGGGAGAAUCGAAGUUUCGGGAUCUCGAGAACAGGAGCAGUUGUUAAAGGAGCAGCAUUCCAGAUCUAUUCAACCUCUCCCAACAGUCGAAUUCUGAUAUGCGCCCCUACAAAUACAACAUGUGAUCACCUAAUGAUAUCUUUGAAGAAGGUGAUUCCAGAGUCCAAAAUGUUUCGUGCCACUGCCGCUUUUCGAGAACUAAAAGACGUACCAUACGACAUCUUGUCGCUGUGUGAUUACGACGAGAUCAACGAGUGUUUCACUUGUCCUUCCCUCGACGAGCUCCACGAAUACAAGAUAAUAUUCUCGACGUUCAUGAGCAGUUUUCGACUACAUGCUAAAGGCUUAGCUGCUGGACAUUUCAGCCAUAUUUUUCUGCUGGAUGCAUCAGCAGCUAUCGAGCCCGAGACGCUGGUGCCUUUGACUAAGUUCGCUACAGAUGCUACUGCUGUUGUAGUUACUGGAGAGGCAGGAAAGCAACCGAACUGGGUUCGCUCGUCGAUUGCUCGAAGACACGGAUUGAAGGUAUCCUACUUCGAGAGGCUGGAGGAAAAGUUUUCAUAUAGAAAUCUUGAUCCAUUGUUUAUUUCAGAAGUAUAUGAGGAAGAUCCAGAAAGCAGGAACAGCUUUGUAUUGUGAGUUUAAAUUAGAGUUAUAUUAUAUUCACUGUAAUGUAAAGUACUUCCUGUUAAAUUAACUGCCUCAAGUAUGUAAAUGUCACGCGGUGAAUGUUGAUUAUAAGAUUUAGUUAAGCUUUCAUAUGUAAAUUGUGUAAUAUGUAUGAUCAUGAUGUAACAGGCCUGAACUUUAUUAGACAACUUUAAUAUUUUAUUUUUAAACUUUUAGGACUUUUAAGGGUGAAAGUACAUGUUUACCCCUAAAUGUGUAAAAACUCCAUCCAAAAAUAUUGAAAUCUCUCUUUCAAUCUCGUUUUCUCUCUAGUUUCUCAAUCUCACACUCCCCAUCUCUUCAAACUCAUAGCUUCUUGUUAUCUAUUAUGAGUUUUCCCACUCUUCUAUCUAUGCUUAGUAAGUUUCUUAUAUCAUUUUUUUUUGUCAUUUAUUUGAGUCUUCUUGUUAUUAUUAUUAUUUUUUUUGUUGUUGAUUUGAGAUUUCUUUUUUCAUUGUGUGUUUGGAUUUUCAUGCUAGAUGACUUAAUCUUUCACGAGUGCAGUUAUAAAUUGUUCCAAUUAAACCAACUACCAUGUGCACAUGCAAUUGCUGCAACAAUAUACCACUAUAUAAAUACAUAUAAUCUAAUACUCUCAUUACUAUACUACAAAAUGUAUGAUGGUUCCAUAUGCAUAAACUAUUUUUCCAAUCGAUCAUGUUU